AUGUCCAGAGAUUUUGUGUCGCCUUUGGAAGGAACCCAACAUCAAUAUGGUAUCAAUGCAAAAUUACUACAGAAAAUAAUAGACAUCUUGAAGAAGGAUUACAAUUUUAAGGAAAGGCUAACUUUUCUUAAUAGUUAUCCACAAUAUACGACAAACAUACAGGGUCUCAAUAUUCACUACCUUCAUAUUGUACCAGAAAAUCCACAUAAUCCGAAAAUUAUUCCCGUGUUGAUGUUACACGGUUGGCCCAGUUCAGUUCGAGAAUUUUAUGAAGUUAUACCUGCUCUAAUAUCGAGGCACACCAAAGAGAAGAAGUUCGUCCUGGAACUAGUUAUUCCUUCCCUCAUUGGAUUCGGACAUGCGCUUGACAAUACACCACAAGGACUGAUAUCGUAUAUUAUGGACAAACUUUCUGUUGGUAUGAAUAAGAAUAACGUUUACUUGAAUGAUGCAG